AUGUUCAACAAACCCAGAAGCAGACUAGCGAUACCAAAAGAGACUAAUGUGUCUUCGUCCUACUCAACACUUGAAUCUCUUCAGAUCCUUCCUUCCAUCAGUAGUAAAACGUAUAACACUGCUGGCCGUGCCCUCGGCUCAACCAGAAAUCCAUUGGAAAGAAGCAGUGUUUACUCCCAGGAUCAGGAACAGAUCAUCUUUAGGCCGACACAAAUUAACUCCAAUGAUAAUGUGACCAUGAAGAGGUACAGCCAAGGUCCCCCAGACUUCACCCUGAACCACAUAGCAGAAAAAGUGCCGAUUCAUUAUAGAAGUAAUAAGAAACAGAUCGUGCCAGCAGCAGCCCUGGCCCACGAUCUUUCCACGCCAGAGUUGCAGGAUCUUGAAGAAAGUGGGCGUAGUUCCCGCUCUAGUGCUCACCUUUCUCCUAAGACUCUGAAAGCACCUGCUUUUUUACCAGGAAUGAGCAUGUAUGGCUAUGGCGACAGUAGACAGUCAGGGGGGGACAGAGUGAUAUUUGCUGAGAGUCCCUCAGCCCCUGGUAUACCAGUUGUUUAUAGGACGCCUGAUGAAAGGUCUUCCAAUCCAGACAGACUCAACCUCGACAGACGAAAACUAACAGUAUGUCCGAUACUGGAGGGCGAGGAGCAGCUGCGGCUGCUGAAUUACCAACACAACAUGAUCAGCAAGAUCCAGCAUCUCAGCUCCCUAAAGCGCCUCAUCUUCCUCGACCUGUAUGAUAAUCAGAUAGAGGAGAUAUCUGGGCUUAGUUCACUCAAAUCUCUACGGGUACUCAUGUUGGGCAAAAACAAAAUUAAAACAAUAGAAAAUUUAGAAACACUUUGUAAACUGGAUGUCCUGGAUUUACACGGCAAUCAGAUUGCUAUGAUUGAAAAUCUCAGCCAUCUGUCUGAGCUACGAGUACUGAACCUUGCUGGGAAUCAGAUUACCUUUGUGGACAAUUUGGCGGGGCUGGACUCUUUAGCAGAACUUAAUCUGCGUCGCAACAGGAUCAGGACAGUGGUGGAUGUGGACAAUCUACCCAGCCUCCAGCGACUCUUCCUCAGCUUCAAUGAUAUCUCAAGUUUCGAGGAUAUCGCAUGUCUUGGCGACUCCAACAGCCUGUCAGAGAUCACUCUCGAUGGCAACCCUAUCACCCAGGAACAAUACUACAAACAGAUCGUCCUCCGGCACAUGCAACAGCUCAAACAGCUUGACAUGAAGCGUGUGACGGAGGAGGAGCGACGGAUUGCACUGGUGAUGGCGAGAAAGGAGGAGGAGAAAAAACGGGAAGGAAGCAAGGCAGCAGUGUUGAAGAUACCUUAUUUGGAGAAGAAGAGAAUCGCCAUUAACAAUGCGAAAAGACAGUGGGAGGUGAUGCAGGGUACCAUGAUGAACAGAACGGGCAAGAUGGUAAAAAUGCCAGACAUCUAUGCCAACCACGUGGGAUCUGUCCCUAACUCGGAUCUCGUCCAACCCAUGACCUUCAGUGAGGAAAACCUUGACCUUGAAUCUGUACAUAGUGAGAAGUACAGUAGUAGAGGUGGUAGUCGACCUAGUAGUGCACAGAGUAGCAACAUCAACGAUGGCACGGAGGGCAACAAGGACCGGCCUCGCACUAGUACAAACAGUGCAAACAGUGUCAAGAAAGCAGACCCUCAGAAGUGUGGCCAACUCAAGGAGACAAUCAUAUUUGGGCAAGGGGACACAAACCAGGGUGGAGGAUUAAAUAACCUGGCUGACCUGGAAGGGGACACCCUGACUUUAUAUGGGACAAAGUCUCUUGAGGGGCUGGACAGGAAUUGGGGCAUGCAAGCUGCAGCUGCUAUUACUCACAUAUAUUUCAAGUUCAUAGAUUUCGAUGAGAUCGUAAAACAUCUUCACAAAGUACGGACACGUUUCCCUGGUGUACAGACAGUGACGUUUAGUGCCACAAAUAUAAGGACACUGUCACAGAUCAACGCCUUGUCAAAUAUUCGUCGCCUUGACAACCUGACGAUAGACUUGGAUGGGAACCCGGUCACAAAAUUUACAUUGUGGCGGAUGUAUGUUAUUUUCAGACUGGCCCAUUUUGCCCUCAAAAAAAUCAAUGAUAUCGAGGUGUCAGCCUCUGAUAUUGUGAAUGCAGAGAAGCUGUAUGGCCCGGUGUCACACAUCACAACGUCGCAGCUCCCUCAGUCAAGGCUGCUGUCUCUACUGGGGGAAACCAGGAGGAAGCAGCUCCUGGCUAUGAGCGAAGAAAAGUCCAAGAAAUUCUUGGAAGGAAAACUUGACAAAUCACAGGGCGAGUUUGUUGGAAGAUCAGGACUCCAUUACACUAGUCCUGAUUCCACUUCGUCUAAAUCAACGGAACAACAAGCCAAGAAAACAUUCGCCAGAUCUUAUAUAAACGAGAUAGUGAAAGAGACAGUGUUUGCUGAUAGAAAGAAGAAUGAACUACUCAAACUGUGGCCAUCAAUUUUCCAUGAAAUGAUUUAUUCUGCAGUAGCAGACAUGUCAGACAUUCAAGGAUAUGCAAAACGGUGUCUAGAGGAGAUAGAAAAAAGCUAGCUAGCAUUGGUCUUAGUAAUUAGUAUAUAUGACUACAAUAAAUUGCUUUUAUAUCCUUGUGAUGUUCACCAGUUGGUGAAGCUCAUUUUUGUUCUGCCUCUUUGUGAUUGGCUAAAAUUGCUCAUACCACAACUAUGGAGUCAUUGAUGUCUGCUUACAACAAGGGCAUGGUUGUUCAGAACAAUUCCUGUGAUUCAGAAAAAAUGUACUACCCUCAAUUUUUUCAAGGGUUUUGAUUGGGUGUUUGAUAUUCUGACAAGGUUGCUGAUUGGUAACAGAUCCUUUGACCAUGCGUCUUAGUUGAUUCAGGACUUCAGUGAGCAGCCUUGCUCAAGUCUACUUUGAGGCUUCAUACAUUCCAAGUGCUUUUCUGCUCAAGUCUUUUUAUUUAUUUUCUAUUAGAUUGUACAAUCUGAUAUGCCAGCUUAUCAAUGA